CCUGGUCACUCGGUGUUUUAGGAAGAAGAAGAGUGGGCGAGAAAAAUAAAAAUCACCAAGAAAAUAAACAAAUACGCUAAAUAAAAUAAUCGAGACCGAAUAAAACCAUUUGAAAAUGUCUGCUCCACUGGAAAACCUGGAGACCCAGUUGGAGAUGUUCAUCGAGAAUGUGCGGCAGAUCCGCAUCAUCGUCAGCGACUUUCAACCUCAGGGACAGAACGUACUCAACCAGAAAAUUAACAGCUUGGUAACCGGCCUUCAGGAGAUCGAUAAGCUCCGUUCCCAAGUGCAAGACGUCUAUGUGCCUUUUGAAGUAUUUUUUGACUACAUCGACCAGGACAAGAAUCCCCAGCUGUACACCAAGGAUUGCGUGGAGAAGGCACUGGCCAAAAAUGAGGAAGUCAAGGGCAAGAUCGAGAGUCUGAAAAAGUUCAAGUCGAAUCUUUUGCUUGAACUAUACAAAACCUUUCCCAACGAGAUGAACAGCUAUCGUGCUUAUCGUAAGACUCCAUGAGUCCAUAUAUGCCAAGUAUAAGCCACCUGAAUCGUAGUUUUAAGCCACACGCUGGAAUAAAUUUAUACAAAUUUACAUUAA